AAAGAUGGCGGCGCGCUGUGUCAGGUCGUGUGUUAUGGAACAGAUAUAGUUAUUACACAUACAAUAAUGAAAGUCAGCCGACUCAGGGAGCUACUUAGUCUCUACGUCUACGCGUAAACAAACAAAUUCAUAACGAUUUACACACGAUAUUCUUCAUCGCGAACGAGAGGAUGGAAACUUCGUAGCCCUACUCCACAUUGAACUCACGUUACCCUUUGACAGCCGAUUCAACCUCCUGUAUAUCAUGCUUCCAAUGUCAGCCCUCCGUGCGACCUGUUCGCGACUCUCCUGUAUCGGUGUGACCCACCGAGGACAGAUGAACUUAAGCUUGUUCUCAAACACAGCCCCUUCAAACUGGAGUAAAGUGGUGUCCGAGGCGGAGAAGAUUGUGGGUUAUCCUACCUCAUCAUGAGCCUGCGAUGCUUGCUGAGCGAUGAACUCAGUAAUGUUGCGAUGCAUGUCAGGAAGCUGGUCGGGACAAAACACCCACUGCUCAACACUGCCAGGGGCUUCGUCUACGACAGCAGGAACAACCUCCAGAUGAGAGGCCUGGUGAUCCUGCUCCUGUCCAAGGCGGCGGGGCCCAGCAGCCAGUCAGCCCCCGAUCUCCAGCCUCAGGACAUGGUGAGCGGGAUCUACCCCAGCCAGCGUAACUUGGCUGAGAUUGCGGAGUUGAUCCACACGGCCUUCCUGGUGCAUCGCGGCGUGGUCAACCUGAAGGAGUGGUCCAACGACGGGCAGCUGAAGGACAUGCAGUUUGGCAACAAGAUGGCCGUCCUGAGUGGAGACUUCCUCCUGGCCAACGCGUGCACAGGACUCGCACAGUUAAAUAACACCAAGGUUGUGGAGCUGAUCUCGAGUGCCAUCGGUGACCUGGUGCAAGGCGUUUACUAUGAGAGCUCUCCUAACCUCCAGGACAGUAAUCCCGGAGACAUAAUCGACGUGGAUGUGUGGGAGGAGCAGACCUUUCUGUCCCACGGUGCACUGCUCGCCAAGAGCUGUCAGGCGGCGAUGGAGUUGGCCAAGCACAAGCCCGAGUCCCAGCGCCUGGCCUACACUUACGGCAAGCACCUCUCCCUGGGACACCAGCUGCACGCUGACCUGCAGCCGUUCGUGGCGGGCGGGGGCGGGGCGCCGGCGGCGGCGUUCAGUCUGAACUCCUGCCCCGCGGUCCUCCACCGGCAGAUCGUGGGCCAGGACAAGUGGCAGCAGCAGUUGGAGGAGGCGAAGGCAUUUAAGGACCAACUGGAUUAUUCAAUGCUGUGGGCGGCGAUCAAGUCGGAGAGAGGCGUGAGCUCGGCGGUGGACUUGUGCCGUUACCAUGGGAACAAGGCACUGGAAGCCAUCCAGGCUUUCCCUCCCUCCGAGGCGCGCUCCGCCUUGGAGAACAUCACCGGCGCAGUCACCAAAUUCUGACCGGGACUCUCCACUGGUGUCUCUCCCUCAAUGGGGAGAGACGCACUGGUGUCUCUCCCUCACUGGGGGGACAGCACUGGUGUCUCUCCCUCACUGGGGGGACAGCACUGGUGUCUCUCCCUCACUGGGGGGACAGCACUGGUGUCUCUCUCCCUCACUGGGAAGAGACGCACUGGUGUCUCUCCCUCACUGGGGGGACAGCACUGGUGUCUCUCCCUCACUGGGAAGAGACGCACUGGUGUCUCUCUCCCUCACUGGGAAGAGACGCACUGGUGUCUCUCCCUCACUGGGGGGACAGCACUGGUGUCUCUCCCUCACUGGGGGGACAGCACUGGUGUCUCUCUCCCUCACUGGGAAGAGACGUACUGGUGUCUCUCCCUCACUGGGGGGACAGCACUGGUGUCUCUCUCCCUCACUGGGGGGACAGCACUGGUGUCUCUCCCUCACUGGGGGGACACUGCCUGAAAAGACACAGAGCUACCGGACACAAACUGAUCAAUGGGAGGAUGGUAAGGGUGGGGUAUGGAGGGGUAAUUUAGAUAUAAAUAUAUACAUAAAUAUACAAUGUUAUUUAUCUCUAGGUCUGUUGCCGAUGAUGAAUGAUAAAUUGCAAUGGUUUCAGAAAUUAUAAAAAAAAAAACAUCCAUCUGUCAUCCCUUUUUACUCUGUCUGUACUUGUGUUGUUUU